ACCCGGCACGGCGGCGGCUGUUACCAUCCUUCUCCUACCUUCCUCCUUCCCCUUCUGCAAGAUAGGACUCCAUGAAUCCUUGUACUGGUUGUAAUAGCCAUUGCUACUGAAGUACUUAGUAAUCUUGAUCGAGAGCUACGCCUUCCAUCGCUACUCUUACACCUCCCCCGUGCAAAUAAGCAGCCGCCGCCGAGUCUGCCUUGCCAAUACUCUCUGGAGAUGCAAAGCCUCCCAUGGGCGAUUAUCCGAAGCGUCAGCAGAGUCGGCUCUGCUGCGCCUCGCUGGUGGCUUCCAGCUCUUGCCCGACGAGAUGCCCCUCCACUCAUGGAGUCAGCACCGUCUUAUCCAAAUCAACAUCUCUAUAAAAUUUUCCGUGAGAAGCAUAGCAAGCUGGAUUUGCCGUGCCUCUCCUUCUGUUCUGCUACUACACGAGGCAUGGAUAAAGCAGAGAGGAUGAAGGCAGCAGAGGAGAGCAAUCCCAUGGUAGAGACAAGUGCAAUACAAGAUGUGUAUUACCAGCCAAUCAUCCCGGGUAGCAGCCACCGUGAUGGUACUAUAUACAAGAAAAGGCUUGAAUGGGAAAGUGAAUACUGUGUAGAUGUUGACGACCGCACAGAAACUCAGCUGGAGCCAGCAUCUUGGGACGAUAUGACAUGUGAAAUGAUGCAGAUUUUCUCCUUAAAGUUAGCUAAAUCUCCUAUCAACAGUGGCUCAAUGCAGUUAUAUGGAUACAUCGCGGCACGAGAUGAAUAUGAUUUAAGGCUUAAUUAUCUUUUCAAUCGUAGCAGAGAAGAUCCCAUCGUCGUGCAACAGGGUUCUCUCAUUCAAAUGACCGGACCUAAGAGAGGCAUUGCAUUUCACUGUGAUGUUCUACUUGAGUUUGACAUGAGAAUCAAGAACGGAGAAAACAAAGGAGAUGACACACAGUUGAUUGAUGGAAUGUCGGAAUUUCGUGGACUAUUAAUGCCAUGGGAACCAACUGAAAUUCCCAUUAAUGGUAAUUGUGCUACAGUUGAGAUGUCUGCUGCACUUGUGAGUAAUGCAAUUGCGGCCACUGUAGAAGUUAUCAUAUCAGAAGCACAUGGUGAUUUUGAUCUAUCCCUCAGUUCCAUUGUUUCUGUUGUGGAGGAACAUGAAUUUCAGCUUUUUCAUGGCUCCGCUGGCGACUGGUGUGGUGCAAGGAGGUUUGUGAUUGCUGUCACAGUAAAUACUAUGUUGCAUUUGAAGUUCAUGCUUGGUCACAGAUGCUCCAACGGUAACAUUGAAGACACUUGUUCCUUCAAAGCCAAGCUAAACGGACACGCCAUCCAUCAAACAAAUUUUGAGGCUGCUUCUAUCUUGACGAAGGUGACAUGGGCGGCAUGGCCUCAUGAAAUGUUUCGUUGACUAGAUACUGAUUGUCUUUGUGUUGGAAUCGGGUACUGUUAUACCUGAUUCCUAUUUCAAUAAGUGGACUAUUUUCUAGUAAGUUUGUUUUAUGCUUCGUUAUAUUCACAUCAGAUAUUGAUCCGAGAGGCAUUACGCAUGACAAAUGUGUAACAUCAAACCUGAUUCCUUGAA